CUUCCGAGUGUUUUGGAUGCUUGUUUCUUGCAGCAAUAUAAGUGUACUUGUAGUUGCUGCAAACCUGGAUCUCCUUUCUUUCUUUAGCGUUGAUUCUUAAAAUUUUCACCAUUCCGCCAAUAAAUAUUUUAGAAGUCCACGGGUGGGAAGCUUCUCAUCAGGGAAGGCUUGCCUUCACGUUCCCAGUAGUUUUCCUUCUAACAUACGAGUGCGAGGGUGGUCCACCUUGGGAUACCAGCUGACUAGACCUACGAAGCUGAGUGUUAGCCAUCUUUAAAGCAUUUCCUGGAAUCUUCCAUUACUUUACUGCAUUUUCUGUAUCUUCUCAAGUGAAUUUUCCUGUGUAUUAAAAAUGAAAUCUCCUUUGGGAACCCCAUCUGUCGAAAUCGUCACCGACAAAAAUGCCUUCGAUGUAGUGACAGAAAUUGUCAAUCAUACAGAUCAAGAGGAACCCUUCUUUGUGACAGAUCUGGCAGAUAUUGUUUACAAAUACAAACUCUGGAAACUAAAAAUGCCUAGAAUUGAGCCUUUUUAUGCUGUCAAAUGCAAUGAAGCUCCUGCAGUGCUUCAUCUGCUGGCUGCCCUGGGUACUGGCUUUGAUUGUGCUAGCAAAGCUGAAAUUGAAAGUGUUUUGAGUAUUGGAGUAGAAUCAUCUCGAAUCAUUUACGCCAAUCCUUGCAAAACUAGUGCUUAUAUCAAGUAUGCAGCCAGUGUUGGUGUUGAUCUGAUGACAUUCGAUAAUGAAAUGGAGCUGCCUAAAGUUAAAGUUCGCCAUCCAAAUGCCAAACUAGUCAUUCGUAUUAGGGUGGAUGACAGCAGCGCCAUAUGCCAAUUAGGGCAAAAGUUUGGAUGUAAUAUCGAGGAAGUUCCCCAUCUUCUUGGAGUUGCAAAACAAUUAGAUCUGAAUGUUGUAGGUGUAAGUUUUCAUGUUGGAAGUGGGUGCCAAGAUGCAUCAGCAUAUAGAACAGCAAUUGCUUCUUGCAGACAUGUGUUUGACAUUGCAGCAGAUAUUGGGUAUAAUAUGGAGCUUUUGGAUAUUGGUGGUGGCUUUCCUGGAACCAAAGGACCCUUUAUUUCUUUUGAGGAAAUUUCUGCUGUUGUAAACCAAGCAUUAGAUGAGCAUUUCCCACCAGAAUGUGGCGUCAGGAUCAUUGCUGAGCCAGGUCGAUACUUUGUUGCAUCUGCCUUCACCUUGUGUACCAACAUCAUUGCAAAAAGAGAAGUUAUCUCUGAAGACACUAAUGAGCCUACCUGCAUGUAUUAUGUGAAUGAUGGCGUGUAUGGCUCUUUCAACUGCCUGAUAUUUGAUCAUGCUGAAGUCCAGCCUAUUCCUCUAAUUGAUUCUGAAAAUCGACCAAUUAAGAAAAGCAGUCUGUGGGGACCGACUUGUGAUAGUAUGGAUCGUAUCUUGGAGACAUGCCAUUUGCCAUUGAUGAAUGUUGGAGAAUGGUUAAUGUUUGAGAACAUGGGUGCUUAUACAAUAUGUGCAGCAUCAACUUUCAAUGGUUUCCAGAAGCCUGUCAUGAAGUGCAUCCUUCCUGUUCAUGUCUUGACAUACUUACAACAACUUCCAACUUGGUCCAAUUUACUGGAAGCUUUUGGGGAUGAAGUGCUUGAUUUUUCCAAUGCCAAUAUCAGCACUGAUUGUGAGAACAUCACCAAUGGAAAUGAUAUCUGUCUCUUGCCUCAUCCAGAAUCUGUGUCUGCCUGACUAGGCCCAUGUUAUUUUAUACCUCUAGCUACCACCUUAUCAAAUACAUAUGCUAAAUUGUUGACAUCUUCUUAGCUUCCCAUUGUUAAAUUUACAUUUUUUAUGUGUCAUGUUAAAAAUUGCUCCAUAAGUUUUUUGUUUCUGAAUUAUUUAUUCAAUGCUACAUUUGGUGAUAUUUGUACAUAAAGUUAUCCUUUCUUUCAUUUUUUUUUUUAAUAUUUCCCUACAGAGGUGGUAGCUCAAAUUAUAUGGGGGCUUUACAUUGUGUAGUUUUAAAGUUGUAGGUCUCUAGCCUGAGGUUUUUUAACAUUCCAUAUUAACUUUCUAAUUUUAUUUUUAAAAGUGCUGGUUAGGGAUUUAUGGGAAAGAACAUUUGGAAGUUUCCAGGAAAUGUUUUUUUGACAAAUGCGGCUGGCACAAAACUGCUUAUUGUUUUUCAAAGAACUUGUACAUUAUUUAAAUAAAUUUUAUGUGUAUUUAUAAAGCAUCACACUUUGUUCUGUACUCUUAAAUAAGCUGAAUAAAGUAUUUAAGGCUGUUGAUGCAAAA